GACUAGUCUGGACCGUCCGGUGGUUCCGCAGAACGCGCGGUGUGAUAUUUUAAUUAGUGCCGGUUAGAGUAUGGAUGUGAAGGUUUAACCGUGGAUAGGUCCAUUUCAUUUACAACUAUCCAUAAAAUUGGCAGACGGUUGACCGUCGUAAAAGAUGAUUCGGAGACGGGCGGCAGCUGUUGCCGCGUGCGUGAUAUUUAUCCUGGCCAGCUGGCAGUGGCAAACAGUGGUCGCUCAACUGGCGGGAAUAAGAACCAUACUCGGGUUCCUUCGUGACGGUGAUGAGCGUUUGAAGUACGAAAUGCCAUACCAGCGAACUUUGCGCACGGAGUACGAUUUCAUCAUUGUCGGAGCCGGAUCGGCCGGUUGUGUUCUAGCGAACCGGCUCAGUGAGGUACCGGACUGGUCAGUGCUCUUGAUCGAGGCAGGAUCGCACGAGAGUCUCCUGAUGGACGUCCCGAUGGCGGCACACUUUCUGCAGAACUAUGACAUCAACUGGGACUAUCGGACAAAGCCGAGCGAUCGAUACUGUCUCGCGUUCAAGAACAAUCAGUGCCGGUUUCCUCGCGGUAAAGUGAUGGGUGGUUCGAGCGUCAUCAACUACAUGAUCUACACGCGCGGCAACCGACGGGAUUAUGAUGCGUGGGCAGCGCUGGGAAAUACUGGCUGGUCGUACCGGGAUGUGCUGCCGUACUUUAAAAAGCUUGAGAAAAGUGUCGUACCGGAUGCAAACCCCAAGUAUGCUGGACACGAUGGUCCGGUAACGAUAUCCUAUCCCAACUAUCGCUCUAGCGUGGCACGAGCGUUUGUGCAGGCGAACAUAGAAACAGGUGUUCCGUACGUGGACUAUAAUGGUCCCAACCAGCUGGGGACCUCGUUCAUUCAAAGUACUACGAAAAACGGUGAGCGCGUAAGCACCAACAAUGCCUACCUGUAUCCGAUACGAAACCGAACCAAUUUGCAUGUGAUUCGAAACGCACAAGUUACCAAGAUUCUACUAAAUCGCGACACGAAAAGGGCCACAGGUGUUCAAUACUACGCAAACAAUCGUUAUCAUAAGCUUCGGGCCAAACGUGAAGUCAUCCUGUCUGCCGGUACGAUCGGUUCGCCCCACCUUCUCAUGCUGUCGGGCAUUGGCCCCGCAAAACAUUUGCGCCAGAAAGGCGUACAGCCCGUCGUUAAUCUUGCCGUCGGGUACAACUUUCAGGAUCAUGUGGCGGCCGGCGCUCUAACGUUUCUUAUAAAUCGGACCAGCACGCUGAAAUCAAAGCGCAUCUUCACGCUGGAAAACUUUAUGGUGUACGAGUCAACGCACACCGGAAUGAUGGCGUCGAUCGGUGCCUGUGAGGCACUCAGCUUCCACGACUCAACGCAGAAUGGCAGCACCGUCGCCGGCGGUGAUGGUUGGCCCGAUCUGGAGCUGUUGCUAAUCGGAGGCACCCAUGCUGCCGAUCGGGCGUACGAGAGCAACUUUAACUAUAAGCCAGCCACCUUCGAGAAGCUGUUCGGCGACAUCGAGCGACGCGAUCUGGAGGGAUAUACGAUAUUUCCGAUGAUUUUACGACCACGAAGCAAGGGCCGACUGCGCCUAUCCAGUUCCGAUCCGUUCCAGUAUCCGAUCAUUCAGCCGAACUACUUUGACGAUCCGUACGAUUUGGAGAUUUCGGUACGGGCGAUCCGAAAAGCGAUCGAGCUGACGAAAACCAGCGCACUGAGAAGCUACAAUGCCCGGCUGCUGCCAAUUCCCAUCCCGGGCUGUGAACAGUUCCGGUUCGAAACGGACGACUAUUGGAAGUGUUUUACGCGACACGUUACCUACACGAUCUAUCACCACGUGGGCACGUGUAAGAUGGGUCCGGCAAGUGACCGGUUAGCGGUGGUUGAUCCACGGCUACGGGUGCACGGAAUAGCGGGUUUACGGGUGAUCGACGCUAGCAUCAUGCCGAACGUACCAGCGGGCCACACUAAUGGACCAACGAUCAUGAUCGGUGAAAAGGGUGCCGAUAUGAUAAAGGAGGACUGGAAUAGACAAUAGCUGUGACGGUGUGACGGGUUCUAAUAAUGUGUUGGACGAUUAUUUAUUGCAAACAAAGCUACGUAAACGAAAAUAAACUAAUUUUUCUAGUUAUUUAUCGCUUACUUAAUUGGUAGUUAAAUCUCAGCGUAAAUAUUUGAUAAGAUAAAUCCAAAACAUUUCAGGUCCAGCAAUCAACUGGGUAUUCGACAACAUGUUGUGACACUUCUCUACGAGAAAACCAGUUAUCAGAAGCAGACAUCGAGAGCAGUCAGACUAAGCACCAGCAUCAUAUUACUACGAUGACGUCAAAUAUACUGCUCAUGCAUGAUUCUGUCUUCUACUUAUCUGAACCAAAAAUAGAAACACCCAAACAAAUAUUCUGAAAAC